AUGGAACACUCCUCCCCGUUGGCGGCCAUGCAGCCUCCAUCCCUUCUCUUUGGGCACUGCUUCCGGGCAGAUGCGCCGACCUCGUAUCCUACCUCGGGCUUUGGUCCAAAUAGCUUCAACUUCAAAGAUCUGUCCAUGAAGAAGUCGGGUCCCGACUACUUCAACAUGAAGCCGAUUCGGGGCUCCUCACCGACAGCCAGCCUGGUUGCUGAUUUGUCUCAGAACUUCCACAUUGACCAGAGCCCACAACUAGCAACGCCGCGUCGGUCUUUGUUCACAUCGAACAUCCUGGGGCAUGCUCAUGGUCACGAUGAUGUGAUGACCACUCCGCCGCUGCCCUCGUCGUCGCCCGCCCCGGCCAUCGACAUCAUGGAAAUGUCUCCCCUGCCUCACAAGCCCGCCUUCAUUGUCACGACGGAGAUCGAGGUGCACUCCCCGUCUCCGCUGGGGACGCCAAUGGACUCCCCUACGGCUUCCAAUGCUCCGAGCCCACUCCAGGCGUCGCCGAUUGAGUCACCUGCUGGACUCCCGUUCGAACGACGCCGGCCUCAUUUCCUUCGUCCAAGUCUGGCACGGAGCAAGGCUCAGUCAUUUCAGCUGGGCAUGACCCGUCCUGCUCACGAGAGCAAAGCACCUCCAUUCCGCUUCAGUACCGCGGGCGCGAAGACUUCCUUGAGCACGUCUACCUCUUUGGAGGACAUGUUUGGUGAUUCCCCUCCUCAAGAAAGAUCCAUCUCCCGUAACAGCUCGUCUGGUAGCCUGGCACUGCCUCGUCUGCGCCCUCCUUUUCACCAUGCUCGUAGCAGCGGGUCUCCCGCACCCAGCUCAAUUCGCAAGCCCUCUCACCCCUUGAUGCGUCCCCGCAAACAAUGCCGACGAUCAUUGAGUAUGUUUGAACAUCCUGCGGAUGUGAUUGCCGACAAAGAGGCCAAGGUAUCUACAAAUGCACCCCUUCAGUCCAUCAGUGACAUCGAAAGUUCGCCAACCCUGAAUCUUCCACACUUCGUGCCGGAGGAUAAGGCGGACAGCCUGCCUCGCAUCGCCAAGAACACCCUCAUCGAACUCCUCGACGGGAAGUUCAACGACCGCUUCGACCACAUCAUGAUCGUCGACUGCCGAUUCGAAUACGAAUAUGAAGGUGGCCAUAUCAAUGGCGCCCUCAACUACAACGACAAGGACCAGCUUGCGGGUGAAUUGUUCGGGUCCGUCAAGCCGCGGACUGCCCUAAUUUUACAUUGUGAAUAUUCUGCCCACCGGGCCCCCAUCAUGGCCAAGUAUAUCCGUCACCGUGAUCGGGCUGUCAAUGUUGACGCGUACCCUAAUCUCACCUAUCCCGAUAUGUACAUUCUGGACGGGGGUUACAGCUCCUUUUUUGCCGAGCAUCGCUCGUUCUGUUUCCCCCAAAACUACGUGGAGAUGAACGACAAGGAGCAUGAGUUCGCCUGCGAGCGUGGUCUGGGUAAGGUGAAGCAGCGUUCCAAGUUGAAUCGUGCCCAGACCUUUGCCUUUGGCCAACACUCGCCCCAGAUGGAGGAUAGCCCAACCGGCCGUUGUCGUCUGGGUAGUGACCGUAGUCGUCUCCUUGGUUCUCCCUUCUCUGAGAGCCCGGUGCCCAAUCGAACUCCUGGUCGCCGAAUGCUUUCUUACUAA